AUGUCUCCAUACCGUCUAGUUUUCGGUAAACCGUGCCACUUACCGGUUGAACUUGAGCAUCAUGUUUAUUGGGCGAUAAAGCAAUGUAACAUGGAGAUGGAAGCGAUCGGAGAAGCACGCAAAUUACACAUUCAAGAGUUAGAAGAAAUCCGACGAAAUGCUUACGAUAAUGCCAAAAUAUAUAAAGAAAAGACGAAAAAACUCCACGAUCGAAGGAUAUCCUUUAAAUCAUUUAAUGUUAAUCAAAAGGUUUUGCUAUUCAAUUCUAAAAUUAAGCUUUUUGCAGGAAAACUUCGAUCAAAGUGGCUCGGACCAUUCAAGGUAACUCAAAUUUUUCCUUAUGGCGCCGUGGAAAUAGAAGAUGACUCAGGAGUUCGAUUCAAGGUUAACGGGCAAAGAUUGAAGCCAUAUUAUGAGAACGCCCCUGUCGGAUUGGUUGAAGAGAUUGAAUUGGAAGAACCCAAGCUUUGA